AUGAUGCGCUUUCUAUUCUGGAUCAUGUUUACCUUUUGGGCUUUCGAUUCAACUACGGCUAAACGGUGUGAACGUGAAGAGUGUGCUCCAUUCUUUUGUCUGAUCAUCUCCGAUAUGUUUGACCGAGAUGGUCUUUAUGUUUGCACCAAAGAUCCAGAUUGUGGGCCAUCAGCUAAGCAAUUUUGUCAUCAUCAAAUGUUACUUGGACGGCAGGCACAGUGCCGUGGAAUUGAUGGAAUCAGCUAUUGCUAU